AUGGCAAAUGCGCUCGUCGUUCUACAGCUAGACACACAAUUCCCUCGCAUUCCUGGGGAUAUCGCUUGCAAAGAGACCUACUUGCUGCCCAUCCACAUUGAAGUGAUAGACCGGGCCCACGUGGCUGAUGUGGUUAGCCUUGACCCGGAAGCAUUGGACAUCUCAAGGUUUGCAUCUGCACUGGCAAAGGCAGAUGCGGAGAUCAUCAGCACUUCUUGUGGUUUCAUGGUUUAUUUCCAGAAGAUGCUCUCAGAACUAACACAGAAAACUUUUAUUAGCUCAGCCUUAGUUGCUUUGCCCAAGCUGCGGGCACGCUUCCAAGACGUUGAAAUCAUGGUGAUAACUUUUGACGCUGACAUUUUGGGUGCCCCUGCAUAUCGCUUUGCUCUAGAUGGGUUCACAGGGCCAGUUGUGGGCUUGGAAAAGUCUAUGCAUUUGUAUCAAGUCAUAUCAAAAGAUUUGGAUCAUCUGGAAUUGGAAUGUGCUGAAGCGGACAUGGACAAGUUGAUACAGACUGCCUUGACAUGCUAUCCUGAUAUCGGUGCCAUCAUGCUGGAAUGCACAAACUUGCCACCGUACAAGCAUAUUAUCAGGCGUCACUUCUCGGGUGAAAUUGUUGAUUGCCUCAGCGUACUCGAAGUAGAAUCCAAGGGAGUCUACGGCUUCACCAUGGUUUUAGGUGAGAACCGUUGGGAGACCUUCCAGAUUUGGGAAGAUGGUGAUCCAGACAAGGCCGAAAUUGCUUUUCUGCGAGGGUACAAAUCAGCGGUGCUGGAUGAACAGAUCGCCUCUACAAAUGCCUUGACUGUAUCCAACAGUUGCAAAAGCAUGUGCUUCUCCAUUUUGAGAGGCGAUUACAUGCCUGAGGGCGGUGAGAUUCCGGUUGUGGACCAAGACGAACAGCUGUUGGGAAUGCCGGGAGAUCGCAACGCCUGCAAAUAUCGACGAGUGGAAUGGCGAAAGCUGACCACGACAGUGCCACAGGCUUUGCGAGCUUCAUCCUACUACAUUGCUGGAGACUUCAACUUUUGGGAGUUCCAGCCUAUGCAGGAGGAGGCCUCAGCUGGCAGCAAAGCGCGCAGUUUCUUCACCGAGGUGAAGCUGCGGAGCAGUGAGGAUGUGUUCCAGGUCGUGAGGAACAAGGACUGGGACCAGGCAUUUUACCCUCAGGCUGACACCCAAAACCUUAGGGGUCCUGAUGGCUACGGCGUGGCAAAGGGCUGGCGUCUACCUGGCAAGGACAGAUUGCUGGCAAGCUUGGACACAGUGCUGCAUCAGGUCUGUGAGUUGGAGCCUCCAGCCGCCGUCAGCCAGUCCCAGCCAGGUAGAGGCAAAGGAGACUUGUGCUGCUUUGCAAACCAAGAUGUUUUGAAUGUUGCCUGUGAAUACUCUGGGCAGCAAGGGCCAACACAUGCGAUACGUCCGAACAAGGUUGGCUCUUGGAGCAGCUUUGUCUCCAAGGAUUCCAUGACCUUUGACCAGGCUAAAUCUACUUGGCUGGCUGAGGUGCAGGUGGGGCAAAGUGGCAUGGAAUUCUUCCAGAUUUUGCUGAAUGGCAACUGGUUAGCGGCUGUUUACCCCAACAGCUACGAGGCCGACUUUCGGAGAAACGGCCACGUAGUGCUCGGUCCUGAUAGCCGUGGUGGACGCAGCUACUGGUGCCUGCAGGAUGGCCUGGAGCCUGGAGAUAGAGUCCAGGUUAUGUUGGAGGUGUGGUUCGGGCUGCGGCAUGCCCCAUGA